AUGUCAAGACAGUACCUCAACUUUCCCAGUCUCCCAGACAAUGCGGAGAAGGACGGAAAGCUGCGACUGAACCGACAUUCCAGCUACAUCACCAAUGACCAUGACUUUCCCGCUGCCAAGACCAUGUUGUACGCUGCCGGAGUGCCAGACGAGCAUACCAUGCAAAACAGCCCUCAGGUUGGAAUUGCUUCGGUGUGGUGGGAGGGGAAUCCGUGCAACAUGCAUUUGCUCGAGAUCGGAAAGGUGGCCAAAGAAGCUGUUCUGAAGGAGGGCUUUCUCGCCUGGCAGUACAACACAAUCGGUGUAUCAGAUGGUAUCACCAUGGGCCACAACGGAAUGCGAUUCUCGCUACAGUCCCGCGAAAUUAUCGCCGACAGCAUCGAAACAGUCACCUGCGCCCAGAGUCACGACGCGUGCAUCGCGAUCCCAGGCUGCGACAAGAACAUGCCUGGCUGUGUUAUGGGAAUCGCGAGGCACAAUCGUCCCUCUGUGAUAAUAUACGGUGGUACUCAGCGGGGAGGCUUCAGUAAGCUUCUGCAACGGCCGAUCGACAUUAACACUUCAUCCGAAGUCCGAGGCGCAUACAUACUGGGCAGGAUGAAUGAGUGGGCCAAGAGAUCCGACUACACGCCCGAGGAGCUCAUGUGCGAUGUCGAGAAGAACGCGGUGCCAGGACCGGGAGCCUGCGGUGGAAUGUACACUGCCAACAGUCUUGCCGUCGUCAUCGAGGUUCUUGGUCUCUCUAUUCCAGGGUCCUCCUCAUCGCCGGCCAAAUCUCCGACCAAGAUGAGGGAAUGCAGCUCCAUGGGCAAGGUUAUCCGAAACUGCCUUGAGAAGAACAUCAGACCCAGCGACCUCUUGACCAGGAAGGCUUUUGAGAAUGCUCUCACCAUUAUGAUGUGUCUUGGAGGAUCCACUAAUUCAGUCCUCCACACGAUAGCCAUGGCCAAGACGGCCAAUGUCGAGCUCACGCUAGACGACUUUCAGCGGGCUUCCAACAAAACACCCUACAUCGCCAACAUGCAGCCCAGUGGACGAUACAACAUGGAGGAUCUAUACAACAUCGGAGGUAUCCCGUCAGUUGUCAAGCUCUUGAUUGCAGGAGGGCUUCUUCACGGCGACACGUUAACUGUAACGGGUCAGACAUUGGCGGAAAACGUGGAAUCUUGGCCUUCUCUCCCCCAGGGACAGGAGAUUAUUCGAUCCCUUGAUUCUCCGAUUAAGCCGACAGGCCACAUCGAGAUUCUGCGAGGCAACAUCGCCCCUGGAGGGGCCGUUGCUAAGAUCACAGGAAAACAGGGUCUUCAGUUCACUGGCAAGGCCCGAGUAUUUGACGGCGAGCAGGCUUUGUGUACCGCAUUGGAUAAAGGACAGGUGCCUCGCGAUGAGAACAUCGUCUUAGUCGUGCGGUAUGAAGGUCCUAAAGGUGGCCCUGGGAUGCCAGAGCAGCUGAGAGCCUCAGGAUCAUUGAUUGGAGGCAACUUCAAGAAUGUUGCCCUCAUAACUGACGGGAGAUACUCUGGUGCCAGUCACGGUUUCAUAGUGGGUCACAUAGUUCCCGAAGCAGCUGAGAGGGGACCUAUCGCCAUUGUGGAAGACGACGAUGUGAUCUGCAUCGACGCAGUAUCUCAUCGCAUCGACAUGCCGCACGUUACAAAGGAGGAAGUCAAGAGGCGCCUCGACUGCUUGAAGCCGUUCCAGAUGCCUGUUACGAGGGGUGCCCUUGCGAAGUAUGCGCACCUGGUGAAGGACGCUUCUAGAGGAGCAGUAACAGAUAUCUUCUGA